UUUCGUGCGCAUGUAUGGAUAAAAAAUAACAACAAAAAUAACAACAGAAAUAAAAUUCCAUCGUUUGAACAUUCCUGAAUAACAUGGAAAAUGUACCGAUGUGAAGUAUAAUGAAGUGAUGAUUGUAUGAUGUAUGACGAGUAGAGCAGAAAGGAAGCAGGUUCACAAUGUCCAAUCAUGAUCUCAUUCCUGUCCGAGAUAUCGGAAACAAGCGAGUAAAGAAUAUGGCUAGUGACAUAGCUAUUUUGGACCACAAGGCAGCCCAGCAUCGUGGAAUGGUUUCAAAAUGGACACGUGAUGAACUAGAAGAUAAAUAUCUUAGAAAUUAUGAAGAAAAUAUUAUCUUAAAGAAACAUGCAAGAAAGCAGGAAGACAAAAUCAAACGGAUGGCAACAAAGCUCCUUCGUUUGGUCAAUGACAAGAAGAAAUCUGAUGGAGGCUAUAAAAAAGGAUUUGAUAUUGAGACAGAAUCGAAGAUUUCAGAUUUGGAAGCAAGACUAAUAGAAUAUGAGAAAGUAAAUGCUCAGUUGAAAGAAAAGUUGAUGGUGACGAAACAGCAGCUUGCGUCUGCUCUGAAGCGACCUAUGCCAGCAGCUUUCAGUCAAGUUCAAGCUAGAAUUGAUACGGGUAUUCCUCAUCAGCACACAUUGCCGGUUGAUACACGUCUUAAGAGAAAUAUGCGAGUAAUUGGUCCGGCUCCACCAGGCAGACACCGAGCACUGCAUAGUCCGGUGAUGCAUCCGUAUGGCCAGGGGACACUAGAAGACAGACAAGCAGACAGGAGACAGCUAGAACGCCACAUUGCAGAAUUAUCUGAGAGGUUGAAUGUCUAUGAAAUGGAGAUAGAAGAGCUGAGAGAACAGAAUCGUAUGCGUGAAACAGAGUUUGAAGAAGACAUUUUGAAACUCAAGCAACAAAUGACCGCAGAACAGAAUGAUGUGAGCUCGAGGAGAAGUUCCUCAAAGUUUUAUAUUAUCUUUGCUCUGGAAGAGAACACGCGUGUGUUAAAACACAGCCACGACCAGCUGCUGAUGGAGAUGGAGAGUCUGAACAUGCAGCUGAAGGAGGAGGAAAACAAAGUUCUCAUCCUGCGCAACGACAACCAGAAUAAUCGCACCCAGCAGAAGAAAAUCUUAGAGAUGCAAGAACAAGUCCGAGAUCUUCAAAGAGAAAAUGCCAUUUUGAAAGAAGCCAACGAAAAGCUUGUUAGCAGUGCAUUUGACCUGGAGCGUGAACGUGAGUGGAGACAAAGAGAGAACGCUUUGAAGGUUCAGAUAGCCCAGCUGGAGGCAACAUUGAAGUCUGACCUUGGCGAGAAAGGAAGCAUCAUAGACCGAUACGCCGCAGAAAGAGAUUCCAAUGAAAAGACGCAGCAGGAAUUCCGAGAGAUGCAGAUUAAUUACUACCAGGUGAAAGAGCAGUAUGAUGACCUGGAGGAAAAGAUGAAGUUCUUCACCAAGGAGAGUGCUAUAGACUUCACAGAGAUCGAGGAAGCUCUGGUACUUGUGAAACAGAAGAAACAGCAUGAGCAGAAACACCCAGAAUUCCUGCAAAGGGUUGACGAGGAGAUGGAAAAAGACGUGAAGAAGAGCCUGCUGGAGCUGCAGGCGGAGUACGCGGAGACCGUUCACGAGCUGGAGAAAACUCGCAACAUGCUCAUCGUGCAGCACAAGAUCAACAAGGACUACCAGAUAGAGGUCGAUCUGGCUGCAUCUAAAAUGGAUGACUUAAAGAAGGAAUACGAGAUGAAACUUGAUGAAUACGCCAGACUGCUGGAUAUUAGAGCGGCUCGAAUCAAGAAACUUGAGGCUCAACUCCGAGAUGUUGCAUACGGCACCCGGCAGUUCAAGAUUCUUCCACCUACAGAGGACGAGGAAUGCACAAUAGAAUUUGAUGAGACAAUUCAUUUGGAAAAAGGACAAAACUUAUUUGAAAUUCACAUAACAAAGGUGAGCUUAUCAGACGAAGGAAUCCGACAGCUUGGAGAUGACGAGCCGUCGAUAUUUUGCACGUGGGAGUUCUUUGAGUUUGAGAUUCAGUCCACGCCAGUACUACGAGGGGCCAGACUAGAAUAUGACUUCACCUCCCAGUAUGUUGUAAAAGUGGACGACUUUUUCCUUCACUUUUUGCAAAAGGAUGCCUGUACUCUGGAGGUCCACCAGUCGUUUGGACAGGACUAUGUCACCAUUGCCGCAUGUCAGCUCGUCUUCAAGGACAUAUUUGACAAACCUCAUGGUCGCAUACACGGGGUGGUGUCUCUGACAGGUGUUGGCCAUGGUGGUGAAGGGGUUGGUUAUGGUGCUGUCGAGUACUGGGUGCGACUGAGGGUUCCCAUGGAGCAGGCACUCAGACUUUACAAGGAGAGGACGAAAGCUCUGGGCUACAUCACGUGUAAUGAGAAGAUUGCGAGUCAGGCACUGGAGGUGCUGGACGAUAUGCCGGCCACGCGACCCCGGGACAACAUCAACAAACUGGACAUCAAGAUCAUCUCCUGCUCAAAGCUCAAAGCCAGGAGAUCAAAUAUUCAGCCAUCACCGUACUGUGUGUACCAGUUCUUUGACUUCAAUGACCAUGACACUGUGAUUCUUCCUUCAUCCAACAACCCUGAGUUCCACGACCACAAAACAUACCCAGUGCCAAUGACAGCCGAACUGGAUCAGUACCUCAAAACUGUGCAUCUGAAGAUCUUUGUAUUUGACGACACGGACCCGGACGAGACGCAGUACUUGGGACAGGCCAACAUCCCGCUCAUCUCCUUAGUUCACAAUGAGCCCAUCUACGGCAACUUCGAACUGAAGCGGGCUGACAACUCCAAGAACGGAUCAAUUAACAUCGACAUGCGAUGGCUGUACCCAUACACCCCCCCGAAAAUAGUGAAGUCCGCUCCACUUGUGCCAUAUGAAGCUGCCCCUGACGAUCCCCCUCAGAAGCUUGUUGCUACGGGCUCCCCCACACGACCUCGCCUAGCAGCCAGGUUUCAAGAUGCGCGUGUUCCAAUCGCCACGUCCACCCCUGUGGCCAAGAGCAGAAAGGCGGCGAUCGAGGAGCAGGUCAUAGAGCCUGACCUGUCCCAGGUGGUGGCUCAUCCUGCCGCACGACGUCGCAUGGAAGUACCAGCCCAGAACGAGACGAUGGUGCAGGACGCUGUAGCGGCCGCCGUGUCCGACGUCAUGCCAGGAAUGUCAUCGGAGAUGUCGUCCCUGUCUGACCAGGCUGCAGUGCCAGGUGUUGCACCCGACACAAUAGUAGAGGAAUCAGAGGGUGAGGAGCUAAAGCCGAGGAAAAGCCACGACCCUGAUAGACAGGUGGUAAUUGAGUCGGGGUCGGAGUCAGGUAGUCUCAAAGUGCGUCCACGACCAAAGACUAGAACCAAGAAAUGGGAUGCCGUAUCUGAGCCGAAAAGUGUUUCUAAACAAGAAAAGCAAAUGGCCGACACAUAUUUUGGUGACAAACCAACUGAAGACGAUGAAGAAUCCAUUGGUGAGGAGAUACAAGAGGAGACACUGCAGGAGAAACCAGAACAGCAGCAACAACAACAACAACAACAAGUUCUGAAAGACAAGCCAAUAUCGGAGUCUGAAUCGGAGCCGACCCAGAUAGAAUCUGAUAGCGAGGGCGUUAUGAUGAGGUCACUGCCACUGAAACGCAUGAACAAGGGCUUGAAUACGCUGGGUAACACUGUGACGAUUGUCAUAUCUCACCUGUCCCUGUACGCCGAGGCGCCCGUCAUGCAGAAGGAACACAUCAAACAACUGUUUGUGGAGUACAAGUUUCUUAACCUGUCCCCACAGGAAACAGAAACCCCGUUCUCACUACCCAAACCACAGCCCAAUCAGCAGAUCACUUUCGGAUUCAGCAAAACUAUUCUGGUGGACAUGGAAAAGCACUACGAACGUCGGCAGUGUCUUGCCAGCAUGUUGCUGCCAAAUGAUCCUGAACGUGGCAGAAUCCGGUUCACAGUUGUGAGCGAGCCACCGGAGGAUGACCAGGACACGGACUGCGAGGAUGUUGGCGUGGCAUUCGUCAGUGUCAAGGAUAUCCUGGAGCAGGGCAGGGAUGUGAAAGAUGAAGACGUUCCCAUCUAUGAUGCUGAAGAUGAGAAUACGGUAAUAGGAACAUUAAACCUGACAGUGGAAUGUCUGUCGGCCAUGCAGUGUGUGGAGCGUGAGAUGGAAGUGGAAGGCACUUACUGACAAUUGUAUCUUAGUAACGAUAAUGUGUAGUUUACAUUAGCAUUAUCAGAGAAAUAAUCUUCACUAGCAACCAUACUGUGACCUGACAGUUGUUAUCUAAGAACCUUCGCUGGUGUACAUAAAGGUUGAGGAUAUGUUUCCAGAGGUUGAAAUAAUCAGUCAUUUAGUUACCAGUGGUGACCACAUUUUUUAGUAAGUGGCUCCUAAAUGGCCUCCAAUUUGGUUGGUCCUGGGGGGCCAGUUGGUAAAUUCACCUCUACAUAUUAUUUCCUCUUGCAUAGGUUAGUAAUGGCCAUAAACUAUAUAGAAUGGUCAGUAGCUGAUUCUGGACAAUUGAUUAUGACUCGACUGACUGAAUAAAUAAAUACUAGUAAUAUAAGAGCUAGAGCUGCUUGGUAGGGCAGGGGAAUUGCCCCACACACACUCCACCCCAAGAAAUAUAAAUUAAACUUGUGAUUUGUGUAUAUACCGGUACAUCAACUCAUCUUUAAUCCAUUGCAUUAUCCAAAGUAAUGCUCAUUUUACUAAAAAAAAUAUAUCCCAGUUUUUGACUAGUCACUUUAAAAAAAAGGAAGGAAAAAAUGUCUUAACCAUUAUUAAUCCAUUUGAUACAAAAAGAAAAAUCCCAUGUGGAAAUAAUUACUCCUUUUUUUUUAUCAAGUCACAAGUAUUCUUUGGUUAAAAUUUAACAGCAUAUUCAAAAAUGGCAUUUGUAAAUGGUCAUAUGUUUCUUCUUUUGAAACAUUUAUGAAGUCACAAAUACAUACUAAAAGCGUUUUUUUUUAAAUGACUUUUAAUUUGGAAAUAACCGGAGUCAUAAUAUGUUACUCCUUUUGAAUUUAAUAAGUCGCAAGUACUCCUAGGUUAAACACAUUUUUGAAUUUAAUAAGUCGCAAGUACUCCUAGGUUAAACACAUUUUUGAAUUUAAUAAGUCGCAAGUACUCCUAGGUUAAACACAUUUUUGAAUUUAAUAAGUCGCAAGUACUCCUAGGUUAAACACAUUUUUGAAUUUAAUAAGUCGCAAGUACUCCUAGGUUAAACACAUUUUUGAAUUUAAUAAGUCGCAAGUACUCCUAGGUUAAACACAUUUUUGAAUUUAAUAAGUCGCAAGUACUCCUAGGUUAAACACAUUUUUGAAUUUAAUAAGUCGCAAGUACUCCUAGGUUAAACACAUUUUUGAAUUUAAUAAGUCGCAAGUACUCCUAGGUUAAACACAUUUUUAAAGAAAUGACAUUUGUAAAUGGGUCAUAAUAUCUUAAACUGUGUUACUGUGAUUUUAAUUUUCUCUUUGUACAAGAAGUACAAUGUAUCUUUAUAAUCCAGAUUUGUGUGUAAACCGGCCUGAUCUCCAAGUCCCGUCCAGUGUCAAUGGAAGCUGUGUAGAGCGACAUAGUGGAUACUGGCUCAUUUCAUCAGUCCUCUUGGAUCUGGUUUAGUCAGUCUUAAUGUUCCAUGUGUUCACGGUCAUGGCUAUCUUGUCUGUAUUGUACUGAAUACUGAAAGAUUUCAGAUGCGACCUUCUACUAUAUCAUAGCUGUAAUUAUUUUUGUUCAUUAUACAUGAAACUUAGAAUGCUACUCAUAUUCAUCAUUUAGCCUGGACAGUUGGCAACUGGGCAAAGUUUAUUUUUAAAUGUAUAACCCAAUUCUGGUUCAUGUAAGCCUACUAUACAUUUAAGAAGUCUCCAAAGCUUCAUUUUGACAAAACGGCUGCAUGUUUGGUGGCUUUUGUGCCAAUGCAUUACAGAUGCAACUCUGGCAAGUAACCAUGGUAACUGGCAAUGCUGUGGAGGUUACCACCAUGUUUUCAAUUGUCUGCAGUAUUUAUUUUGCCACAGAACUUAAAUUUUCUGUCACUUUUUUUAAUUGUUUAUUUUUGGUAAUAUAAGUUACCAACAAAUUAAACUCCUCUUAUUGUAAUACAUUUACCAACAAAUUAAUUUCAAAACUGCUGUGAAGAUUAGUUUUCCAUGACAUAUUAUUGCCAUGGAUAUUGUCUUAAUUUCCAGCGUUGCAGAUGUGAUUCCAAAACAACAUGUAAAAUUAUUUCUAAGUGUAGUUUCCAACACUUUGUUGUAUCAUCGGCAUUAGCAGAACAUAUUGCAACAAACUAACAGAAUCGUUUAAAUAUGCCUCUUUUCUAUUUGGUUUUAUUGCCAGUUUACCAGAUUGACUGUGAAUUUGUUUUUGGAGAAGAACAACCUAUGUGUCAUCCCUGGCUAUAAUUUACUGUAUUACGGAGUCUGAAACGGUUAAAAACCACAAACACAAAGUUUGUUCCAUGUUGCCUUGUAGCUGUAUCCAAAUAAUUUAUACUUGUAUUUUAUUGUUUUUAACUGUGAUAUGUAAAUACUGAGUAUUUUUCCGUCCUGUUGUUUUGUAACAUAGUGAAGUGCCUAAAUACGGUAAUAAAUUGAUAGUAUGAAA